AGUGUGUUCUUUCAUGGCUUAUUCCGUCUCCUGCUGUGCGCGGUUGGCGUCUGCGCUUCUUCCCUUGAACUACAGGAGGGCCUUUUUAUUUAGGUGAGGAGGAGCAGGAUGGACGUUCUGCGGCCCACCCUGAUAAAGAUUGGGGGGCGAAUAUACAGGAAGAAUCUUAUUCAAGAGCAGGCCUACCAGCACGAGGAGGAGGAUGAGGAUUUCUGUGCAGGCCCCGGUGACUGCGCAGACGAACCCUGUGAUGCCUUUGUGGUGGAAGAGACUGAGAAAGGCUUCCAGUGCAGAGUGGAGGUUCCCAGCCCCUUAUACAAGUACAUCAUUGGGAAGAAAGGGGAAACCAAGAAGAGACUAGAAACAGAGACUCGAACUUCCAUCAGCAUUCCCAAGCCUGGAGUGGAAGGAGAAAUUGUGAUUACAGGGCAGCAUCGCAGCGGUGUCAUCUCUGCCCGAACGCGGAUCGAUGUUCUCCUGGACAGCUUCCGUAAGAAGCAGCCCUUCACACACUUCCUGUCCUUCGCUCUCAACCAGCCCACCAUCCAGGAGAAGUUCCUGCAGUUCAAGGAGGAAGUGUUGGAGAAAUGCUCAAAGGAUCACGGGGUCAGCAGCAGCCUGUUCCAGAACCCUGCAAAGCUUCACCUGACUCUUGGGACGCUGGUACUUCUGAACGAGCAAGAGAUCCAGAAAGCAUGUGACCUCCUACAGCGAUGCAAAGAGGACUUUGUGGACCAAAUUGCUGGAGGCAAGCCCCUGACCGUGGAGGUGGCAGGAGUGGAGUACAUGAACGAUGACCCUGCCAUGACAGACGUCCUUUAUGCCAAAGUCCACAUGAAGGAUGGCUCGGACAGGUUGCAGGUGAUGGCUGAUCAACUGGUGGAAAGGUUUGUGGCCUCUGGCCUGAUGCUUAAAGAAUGGGAUAGAGUGAAACUGCAUGCUACAGUCAUGAACACUGUCUUCAGGAAAGAUCCAAGUGCUGAAGAGAGAAACAAUACAAUGACUGGUAAAUCAUCUUUCAAGGAACGGGAGUCGUUUAAUGGCCGAAAUAUCCUCAAGCUCUUUGAGAACUUCUUCUUCGGAGAGGUGCAGCUGGACUCGGUGCGUCUUUCCCAGAGGUUCUCCUCGGAUGCCUCUGGCUACUACGCGACAUCUGGGCAGCUGACCUUCUCCUGA